AUGUCGACCUCCCCACCCAAAGAGCCCGAUGUCGAACAAAGUGCACAGUCCGCAGAAGAGCAGGACCAUAUGGACCGCGAACCAGAAGGAGCACAAGGCACCUUGGGUGAAUUCGAAGUCAAAGAGCAAGAUCGAUGGCUACCUAUAGCAAAUGUGGCCCGGAUCAUGAAGACCGCUUUGCCCGAAAACGCCAAAAUCGCCAAAGAAGCCAAAGAAUGCAUGCAGGAGUGUGUGAGCGAGUUUAUCUCAUUCAUCACCAGCGAAGCAUCCGAAAAAUGUCAACAGGAGAAACGCAAGACGGUCAAUGGGGAAGAUAUUCUCUUUGCCAUGACCUCCCUUGGUUUCGAGAAUUAUGCCGAAGCACUCAAGAUUUAUCUGUCCAAGUAUCGCGAAACCCAAUCCACAAGGGGCGAGAACCAGAACAGACCUACCAGCAGCGGCUAUGGCGGUCCAGUCGGGGGCGGAGGCGGUGUCCAGGGCAAUCCCUCGGCCGGGGGUGCCUCAGGCUACGGCAGCGGGCAAUCCGAGACUGCCAACGACCUACUGAGCCAGGGCCAUGGGUUGAAUCCCAACGACCACGAUGCGACCAACGCGUACGCCUAUCCCAGCGCCGUGCCCACCGGCCACAACGGCAUCUCCAGCGACAAUUUCUGA